AUGAACAAUUGGAUCGAAGAGGAUAGCGAAGUUGACGAUUUUACCGACGAACAAAGUGGUCCAGAAACAGAAAAUGAUGAAAGUCAAGCAUCAGACGCUGAUGAUGAAAUUGAUUUAGAAGAUCUUAAAUUAACCGAAGGUUCUACACGAAAAAGCUCAUAUACUUCCAAGUCCGGGAUGAUCUGGUCUUCAAUUCCGUCUACUUCAACAAAAAUAAAUUCUUUCAGUGAUAAUAUCGAGAAAUCUGGACCGACUAAGCUUACUGAAAAUGUUGCAUCUAUUGAAGACGCAUUCAUUUGUCUUAUGUCGGAAAAAAUCAUGGAGAAAAUUUUAAUUUAUUCAAAUAUGGAAUAUGAUCGAAGCGUCGGAUUAGAUGAAAAGGAAGAAAUAACAAUGAUGGAAUUAAAAGCUUCAAUUGGAAUAUUAUUGCCUGCUGGUUUAUUAGGAAGAUCAAAGGGAAAUUUGCGAUCCUUAUAG